UUUCUUGGUAAAGAUGACUGUAUGUCGUUGUUUUACAAGUGUGCAUUCAAGGAAGGGCAAAUGGAGUUGUAUCCAAAUUUGGUUGGAAUUGGGAAAGAAAUAGUGGCGAAAUGCAAGCAAGUUCCUCUGGCAGUGAUUAACUUGGGGACUCAACUGUAUGGUAGGACUGAUGAAAAAGAGUGGGAAUCGGUGAGAGAUAGUGAGAAGUGGGAAGAAGAGGGAGAUGGUAUUUUACCUGCCUUGAAAAUAAGCUAUCAAAGACUGCCGCCUCACUUGAAAAGAUGCUUUCUUUAUUGUUCGGUUUUUCCAAAAGAUUACCGGUUCGGAGAUCUCUAUUUGGUGCAAUUUUGGAUGGCAAAUGGGCUCAUUCAUCAAUCAUCAAAUCCAAAUGAGAAAUUGGACGAUGUUGGCUUGCGUUAUGUGCGCGAGUUGAUCUCAAGAUGUUUCUUCCAAGAUUAUGUGGGUAGGAUUGUUGGAGCUAUCUUUAAGAUGCAUGACUUAAUGCAUGAUCUUGCAUCAUCAUUGGCUCAAAAUGAGUUUUCAAUCAUAAGCUCUCAAAACCACCAAAUUUCCAAAACGACCCGUCAUUUGACAGUUCUUGACUCUGAUUCAUUUUUUCAUAAAACUCUCCCCAAGUUCCCAAACAACUUCCAUCAAGUGCGGUCAAUAGUCUUUGUAGAUAGUAUAGUGGGGCCUACAUGCAAAACAGACUUUGAGAAAUGUUUGUUAGAAUUUAAGCAUUUGCGGUCUUUGGAAUUAAUGGAUGAUUCUGAAUUUGAGGCUUUUCCGGAGAGGAUUGGCGCCUUGAAACACUUGAGAUAUCUCCAUUUUGGGAAGAACGCAAAAAUAAAAAGACUCCCAAAAUCUAUUUUCAAAUUGCAAAACUUGCAAGCUCUGGUUACAGGUGAAGGAUUAGAAGAGCUGCCCAAAGAUGUGAGGUACAUGAUCAGCCUUAGAUUUUUAUUUCUAUGUACUCAGCAGAAGCGGUUGCCAGAAGGUGGGAUUGGUUGUUUGGAGUGUCUUCAAACUUUAUUCAUUGUUGGUUGUGAAAAUCUAGAAAAUUUGUGCGAAGAUAUGCAAGGUCUUAAAAGUCUUCGGAAAUUGGUUAUUUGUCUUUGUGAUAGCUUGAUUUCUCUGCCAAGAAGCAUAAAAUGCUUAACUACUCUGGAAGAAUUAUUUAUUAGUAAUUGUGAAAAGCUUGAUUUGAUGACAAUAGAAGAAAAGAAAGAGGAAAAAAUUCAACCUCUUUCCCUUUCCCUUCGUAUUGUAAUGUUUGAAUACUUACCAGCAACUCUUGCUGUACCAGAGCAGCUUCUUCAAGGAUCUGCAGAAUCCUUACAAACAUUUAUCAUCGGAGACUGUCCAAACAUUGAAGAAAUGCCGGAGUCCAUCAGCAAUUUAAAAAAACUUCAAAAGCUUCGUAUCAGUGAUUGUCCAAGUUUGAGCAAAAGGUGCCAAAAGGGAACAGGAGAAGAUUGGCCCAAGAUCGCACAUAUCCCUAAAAUCAAGGUUGACGAUGAUGACAGUGGUGAAGAAACAUCUGGUUAGAGGCAGGUUCAAGUGGAACUCCAUAAGCAAGAGAAGAAGACAAGUUUUCGGUGGGGUUUCUGCUGACGGUUAUAAUUCGGGGACUUCAAUUUGUUCGGUGUUGUUGCUGACAAUCUGGUUUGUUCAAAUAAAGAUGAAGAGUGUUUGCUGGAGAUUAUUAUUCGUUCUCUGUGUGCUUUGCUCGUAGUUCCUGCUGGUGAUCUACUUGUCUUUUCAUUUGUUCAUAAUGGUUGCCAAUCAGUUCAUUUGGUGGUCAUGGAAUUUGCUCCCUCGAUGAUACCAUAGUGGUAGAGAUUGUCAUAUAGAAUUUGGAGCUGAAUAUGGUGAUCUUCCAUUUGUAACAUAUUUACUCAGACCUGGUUUUCGUCAUACUGGAUUUUAUAGCUAAAAUAUUAAACGAAACCAGGUUGCAGCUUGCAGAGGAGGCAGGGGUGGUGCUGUGAGCCCUGUUUUGAAAAUUUUCAUUUGUCCCAUUUUCCUUUUUUUAAACUAUGUGCCACCAGCAUCAAGCAGCUUAAAUUUAUCUAAUCAUCGUUAUCAAGCUUUAAUUUA